AUGCAGGCUAUUGCAUCUCAAUAUUCCAGUCAUAACUCUAUUGUGCAGAGUUUAGGCUACGAUGAUACUGAUAAUUUAGAAAAUGAUUUUAUUUCAGGUAACGAUAAUUUUUCAUUGUUAGCUCCAAAAAUAUCCAUGCCACCUAUUAAUUCACCACAACAAUUUUUACGUGCUCAUACUGAUGAUUCCAGAAAUCCUGACUGUUCAAUCAAGAUUGCUCAUGGUACUACAACUUUGGCUUUUAGAUUUCAAGGUGGUAUUAUAGUAGCUGUCGAUUCUCGUGCUACUGCCGGUAAUUGGGUUGCUUCUCAAACUGUUAAGAAAGUUAUAGAGAUUAACCCUUUCCUGUUGGGUACCAUGGCAGGUGGUGCUGCUGAUUGUCAAUUUUGGGAAACUUGGUUAGGUUCUCAAUGUAGAUUACAUGAGUUAAAGGAAAAAUCAAGAAUCUCUGUUGCUGCUGCCUCAAAGAUCUUGUCGAAUUUAGUAUAUCAAUAUAAAGGUGCAGGUUUAUCUAUGGGUACGAUGAUCUGUGGUUACACCAAAAAAGAAGGUCCAACCAUUUAUUAUGUCGAUUCAGACGGUACAAGAUUGAAGGGUGACUUAUUUUGUGUGGGUUCAGGUCAAACAUUUGCCUAUGGUGUGCUAGACUCAAAUUAUAAAUGGGAUCUAACAGUAGAUGAAGCAUUAUAUCUAGGGAAAAGAUCCAUUCUAGCAGCUGCCCACAGAGAUGCUUAUUCUGGUGGUUCCAUUAAUUUAUACCAUGUAACCGAAAACGGUUGGGUUUAUCACGGCAAUCACGAUGUCGGUGCCGUAUUCUGGGAAGUUAAAGAGAAAGAAGGCUCUUUCGCCAACGUCAUUGGUAAUUAG